GGUAAUACUGGUCGUUAUUGAAGUAAAACAUUUUCUAUUAAAUGAAGUCCUAGCAUGUUGGAUUUAAACCUUUACUGUGUUACAAGAAACGAAACAUAUCAACAAUUCAAAUUUCAACCAUGGAACGACAACAUUGGUGUUCAUUUUGUCUUAUCCCUUUUAAGGAUGAAUUGAGUUUGAGAGCUCAUCUUUAUAUCCAUGCAAAACAGCCACCAGUUUCCUGUAGUCUGUGUCCGUUAACAUUUGUGCAUCAUAGUCAAUUAGGAAAUCAUAUCAGAUAUAAGCAUUCGGAUUAUAUCAUCAACACGUUUGUUGAAAAUGCUGAAAGUAUUUAUAGAAAAAAUAUAUCAGGAAUUUCACCUGAGAUAGAAUCUGAUUCCGAAUGGACAGACAGUUCCGAAGAAGAAGACAUUUUGGAGGAUACAGAUUCGGAAAGUGUGGAAGAGCCCGUUGAAAGCAUUUCGAAUGAAAUAGAAUGCAUCUUAGCACAAAAUGUGAAUGAUGCUUCUGACAAUAAAAAUCCUAUAUGCGAAUUUGAUCCGAAAGGAGUCAAUACUAAACAUAUGAAUAUUUCAGAUGGACAUUAUGGCAAUGUAACGAGUUGUGGUGUUUCAUUUCUUGUCAAAUUAGAAAGGGAAAAAACAGGAAGACAUUAUUUGAAUAUCACAAGAAACAUUCCUAAUUCAGAAGAUAAUUCUAAACGACACAUAUUACAACAGCAUAUGAAGUCGGCGUUCUUCAAUUCAGAUGACUGUGUGUGUACUAACCGACCUAGUUAUAAUUUCAGUGAUGAAAAUACAGACCCUGAUUUACGGGAUGAAUAUCAACAUGAAAAGACUCCAGUACACACAAAAGGAACUGUACAGCAAACACCAUGGGUUGAUUUGGAUAGCGAUGACGAAGAGAAACUGGAUUAUGGGGAAAACAAAGCUAUGGUAUGCCAAAAUGGUGUUCGCGAUGAAGAAGAAUUGAUACAAAUAAAUGAAGAUCAUGAGCAAACCCCAUGCGUUGAUUUGGAUAGCGAAGACGAAGGCAAACUGGAUUUUGGGGAAAACAAAGCUAUGAUAGGCCAAAAUGGUGUUCACGAUGCAGACGAAUUAAUACGAGUUCAUGAAGAUCAUGAGCUCGCAGUAGCAGAUGUGGUAUAUAGUCCGGGACACGCAGUAUGGAAGGAGGCUAUCGACAUACUAAAGGAUACAUUUAUGAAAAAGAAGAAAAGAGCUAGGAAAAGAGGACGGUUUGCUAUAACAAAUACAGUUUCGUUCACAAAGUGGUUACCCGCUAAUUUUCCUGUGGAAGGUGUCAUGUGUGGUUGUGGCAGAAACCUUAAAACGCCGAAAUCGCUUUUAGGUCACUUACGAAGAAAAAGCUCCACCGCUCGAAAAAAUGUAAAGUUAUUUAGAAAGGGAAUAUAAUUAAAACACUGAACAUGCCUUUGGAGAGGUUACAUAGUGCCAUUCAUAUCAUAUUUUAAACACAUUAAUGACGGCUGAACAUUGUGGAAUAUAAAAGUGCAAUAUAUUUACAAUUCUUUAAAUAGAUUAAUACUACGGAGGAUAUGUUUUAUUUUUGACUCUAUUUCAUAGACGCCUUUUAAAAAGCAAACUCAAAUGUCAUGAAACAGUUAGCGAAUAAUAAGAUAAAAAUAAAAAGUUGCAGCAUG